AUGAUCUCGCGCAACCACGCGGAGUUCUGCGUUGACCUCCCGUCCAUAAGCGUCGUGGACAAGGGGUCCACCAACGGCACGUGGGUCAACGAGCAGCAAGUCGUGCCGAACACGGAGGUCCUCCUGAACCACGGCGACAUGCUCACCUUUGGCGGGCCGUCAUCCAUCGUGCGCCAGGACCGCGAACACCUCAACCCGUUCCGCUUCUUCUUCGACGGGAUACGCUCGCACGUCAUUGCGCGGUCCGGCACCGUGGAGCACAUGCGCCGCAUGCUCGCCACCGCGCCGCAGGACCUAUACACGACCGGCCUCGAGAAGUACACGUGCCUGCACGUCGCCGUUACUCAUAACCAGGAGGACAUCGUGGCGUUCCUCGCGCAGCACUGCAGGCCGCUGCUGUCCGCGCGCACGUCCAAGGGCAUGUCCGCGCUCCACCUCGCCGCCGACGCCGGCCGCCUCCGCAUCUGCAGGCUCCUGAUCGACAGCGGGGCGAACCUGAUGGAGACGAACAACGUGGGCUUCACCGCCGCGCACAUCGCGUGCGUCCGCUCGCACCUGCCCGUCCUGCGCUUCCUCGUGGAGCGUGGCUUCCCGGUCAACGCAAACCUGGGAAAGCACCGCUGCGGGCUACUGCAUUACUCGGCGCGCAACGGGUCGCUGCCGGUGCUGCGGUUCCUGCUCGAGCGCGGCGCGGACCCCAUGCUCGUCACCGCGCAGGGCUGCAGCCCGCUGCACUUGGCCGCGUCCCGCGAGCAUGUGGACGCUGCGCGGUGCCUGAUUGAGGAGGGGGGCGCCGACGUCAACCAGCGCGACGACGCCGGCGCGACGCCGCUGCACAUGGCCGUGGAGCGCGGCGCCGAGUCGGUCGUGCGGCUCCUCGUCAAGCUCGGCGCGGACGUGACUGCGCGCACCAACAGUGGCAUCACGCCCACGCUCGCUGCCACCACGCUCGGACACACGGCGAUCGUCAACUUCUUCCGCGACGAGGUCGGCGUGGACGAGCCGGCCACCGACGAGGCGCGCACGGGCAUCAGCGGGCUCCCCGGCAUCGACGCGCCCGCGCUGCAGGCUGCGCUCCGCAAGUCCGUUAGCAGCGUGACGAAGAUGCGCCGCGUCGACGACGACGAAGACGCCGAGACGUGCUCCCCGGGCACCAUCGAACGCAUGGUGGCGGGUGUGGAGCGUGGGCUGGCGGCGGGCAGCCAGAAGGACGCCGAGGACGUCCUGCGGGGCAAGCCGAUGGGCACUCUGAAGCAGGUGCUGCGGCACGCGAUCGACGCGGAGAAGUACAGCGUCGCCGAGGUCGUGGUAGGGAUCCUGCAGUCGCUGUCGGCCACCAACGCGCAGGGCGGCGCGAACACUCAACCCUGA